GCGUCUGCUGAGCUCGGCUCUCUGCGGGGCUGGCCUCAGGUUUCUCGCUGAUCUCCUAGGAAAUGAUAGCAGCUUACCUAUCGCGCAAGACACCUCCCGGCCGCCUGGAGAGUCCCCUUUUUACUUGGUGCUUCGUUGGGAUGCGUUUGGUGGCCCUAGUGCUUCUGCUACCCGUAUUCUCCGAUGCCUGUGGUGAUCCACCGAGAUUUGAAACUAUGAGGCUCCAGGGUGCCCCUAAACCCAGUUAUAGGCCUGGGGAAAGUAUACGAUACGAAUGUCGCCUAGGUUUCCAGCCCAUGGCCCCUCCUCUUCCCACCUCUGCUGUUUGUCGGAAUGACAAUACAUGGUCACCUCUCCAGGAGGCCUGUACAAGAAAAUCGUGUCCUAACCUAGGAGAUCCUGUAAAUGGCCAGGUUAACUUCGUAAAUGGAAGUAUAAAGUUUGGUUCACAGGCUCACUAUGUUUGUAAUGAAGGUUAUUACAUGAUUGGAUCAAGAAUUCUAUAUUGUGAAAUUUCUGGAGAGAGUGUGAUGUGGGGUGAUGAUCCCCCACUUUGUGAAACGAUUUUGUGUGCAACACCUAGAAACAUAACAAAUGGAAGAUUCACCAGUUACAAAGAUGAAUACCAAUACAAUGAAAUAGUGACUUAUAGCUGUAAUCCUUCAGCUGGACCCGAUGAAUAUUCACUUGUUGGAGAGAGGGUGCUUGUUUGUGUUGAUAAGGACAGAUGGAGUAGUGACCCUCCUCAGUGUAAAGUGGUCAAAUGUGAAUAUCCAGUUGUCGAACAUGGAACAUUGGUAUCAGGAUUUAGAAGAAAAUUUUACUACAAAGCUGAAGUUGUAUUUAAAUGUAACCAAGGUUUUUACCUUCAUGGCAGCAACACAAUUGUCUGUGGUGCAAGCAGUACUUGGGAGCCAGAGAUACCAAGGUGUACUAAAGAGCCGACUACUGCCACCACUAAGCCUCCAGCUUCCAGUGCUUCAGAGCCGACUACUGCCACCACGAAGCCUCCAACUUCCAGUGCCUCAGGUUUCAUAGUCCUGCUUAUGUUUUUCAAUAGCCUUUAAAUUCCUUGUGAUUUUUCAAAAUCCUUUAAAUGUCUGGUGAUUUACACUCACUAUCAUUUUCAAUAAUAAAAGGAGGAAGAAGCAUGUAUAGCCAUUUUAGUUGUUAUACAUAGUGAGUAAAAUUAUUUGCCAUAGUCCACAGAUAUAAGCAGGUGUCUAAACUUUAGCAAAUUAUGUGAACUUGUUUACUUACACUUAUAAUGAUUUAAUGCCUUUCUCACUGUGUGAUAGUAAAGUUACAAUGGGAUACAUUUAAAGCACUUAGUACAGUGCCUACGGUCUAGAAAACCCUUAAAAGUAGCUCAUCUGAUUUACAAUUUCCCUGGAAUUAAUAUUAUCAUGGAGGAAGAUCCAUGGCUUCUGUUUUUUAUCAUGUAUGUUUUCUGCAUCAUCAACAUUGCUAUUUUUAUUCAUUUUGAAAGUGAUCUGUUGACACCUUUACACAGUAUCAUCUGGGUCCAGGACUAUGUUUCAUUUUCCUGAAACAACCAGUCUGGUUCUUUUUAUAUAACACAAUUUUAACUAGGAAAUUUCUGCUAUCUCCAGAACAAGACCAGUAUUUCUUCUCCCCACCCCCAACCCCUGCCACCUCAUACAAUACAGUUAUUAUUUUUCUUUUUACUGGGCUUUUUUUUUUUUUUUUUGGCAACAGAAAGUAAAUUU